AUGGUCUUAAAUUUAAAUCUUUUCACUUCAGUGGCAAUAAGAAUGCCUGCAAAAAAAAAUGUUUGUGUUUGGUUUCAAGCAAAAAACUAUGUCAAUGAUGAAAAAAUGUUAAAUAAGAAUACUAUUAUAGAUAUAAAUUUUUAUCUAUCAACAUUAGAGAUUUAUUGUGGUGUUAGCAAAACAACAUUUGACCACCUCUAUUCUAUGAUUAAAGAUCAUUUUCAAAUUCAAGAAAAACAUUUACUUUGGUUCUUGGUAUAUUUAAGGCAGUACAAUUCAUUAGAUAUACAUGCUGUCAACUUUGGAGUCUCAGUUAGAACUUUUAAGACCUGGGUUGACAAUUGUUUCGUGGCAUUUAAUAUUGUACUUAAAAAUAAGUUGAAAGAAGAUGUUCUAUUAAAUCCAAAUAUUCUAGAUAACUUGGUCAUUAAAGAGUAUUCUUUUGGUUCUGGUGAUGCCAUUCAAACUAAACUUGUAAACUGUGCUGUUGAUACUACCCUUCUACAAAUCCCAAAACCUAUUGAUGGAUAUUUGUACAAAUCAUUAUAUUGUACAAAACAUAAAAUACAUGGCUAUAAAUAUGAAGCUGUAGUAGGUUUGAAGGGGGAACUACUAUCACUAAGAGGUCCAUUUCCUGGUAGUCAACAUGAUGCCAGUAUUUACUCGUCUAUUGGGAAUGAAAUUGAUCAUUUACUAUCUCCGUCAUAUUGGAUGCUGGGAGACAAGGGUUAUAUUGGUGGAAAUAGAAUUUUUGCACCAAAUAAGAAAUUGUCAAGGAAAGAGCCAUCAAUAAGAAACCCAAACAAAACUAUGAAAGUCAAAGUUCCGUUUACACCAGAACAGAAAGCAGAAAAUUCUUUUAUCAAUUCCAAUCGUGCUGUUGCAAGAGCUAGUUUUGUUUUAGGAUCGACAGAGAUCAUGGUUUCACCACAUGCCGAUAAAGUUGCCCGUUCAACACAGUCGUCACUGAUCCACGGAAUGGCUGAAACCAAACAAGCAUUACUGGCGCGUUAUAUCAAGAGAAACGGAAGUUCACCAUCGAUUGCAUUGCUAUAUCCACAACUAUGA